GCAAGCUGUAGGGCAUGCUAGAGGCACUGGUUUCGGUUUGUUUUUAUCGGAGUUUAUCUGAUUUUUUUGUUGUUUCCCACGUUGCUAUGCUCUCCAAUUCUCCAUUGUGACCAACCAGAACCGGAAGGAAAAUCCGAAAGGAAGCUGCACGCGAGGGUUUUAUGUGGGAUAGAGAUGUUGUUAUUUUAUCUAAUUUCCAUUAUUUCAUUAAUUCCCCCCAAAUAAUACACAGCAAAUACUUUUUGUUUUGUUGAUUAUCAGCUAGCAAAGAGUAAGACUGGAUGAUUACAAGUACGUUCUUGGCACCCGGUGCUGCGUCACCCAACCAUGUGCCCUGGACAUCACUUGCCAACCGAGUGCUGCAUCAUUAUAUCCUCAUCCUCGCCCCCUUGAGCUCGUCCUACCAUUCAUAGGCGGUUGCAAACUCUUGUGACGUCUGUCCCGACGUGCAUGGUAUUUUGCAGCCCUGCCCAAGACGUCUUUCCAUCCUUGCAACUUGCAGUCUGCCAGUCUCCUACAUCACCCGCAGCCGCAAGACCCUGGUUCCAAGAUGGUCAAGCUCAUAGGCGCCAUAGGAGCGUGGAGGCCGAAGCUAGAUUUUAUUGCACUGCACUAUAUCUGGAUCAUCUUCUGCGCCAUUUUGGGCUUCAUAGUCCUUUAUCCUCAUGGCAAUGUUCCCGCCAUAGACGCGCUAUUCUUUGGCGCCAGCGCCUCGACCGAGUCGGGUCUCAACACAAUCGACCUCAAGGAGCUCAAGAUGUAUCAGCAACUCUACCUCUAUGUCAUCCCCAUGAUCACAAACCUGGGCUUCAUCAACCCUUUUGUGGUUGCCGUCCGGAUAUAUUGGUUCAGAAAGAAGUUGAAGCAAAUGAGGCCAUCGAUUUCACGACCUGACCCCGAGGCUGUCGUCUUGGCGCUGCGAGGUCACGAAGACGCCAAGCCAAGACAGGAGGAGCCAAGGCCGAGAAGCCCUUCACUGGACCUUGCAGUUGAAGACGAGGAAGACGACGAGAAAAAGACGAGGCUGGACGGCAAACCAAUAGGCCCAGAGGCUCCAGACACGACUUAUUUCAUCCCACCUCCUCGGGAACGUGACAGCGGACAGCCAUUCGUGGUGGUGGAUCCCCGAAACGACGACGAGAUCCGGCCGGCACCGGCAGAGCACAUGGACAGCGAGGCCGGAGUCAGGCUGCGGCGUCCCAUGACUGCGCGCGACGGCCCGGCGUUGACGACGGCUCGAUCUCUCCAGCACGCCGCCAGCUCCGUGUUCGUCCUGGGCCCCAACAAGGCAGGGCGGAGAAACUCUGUCAGCUCUCGAGCCCCGGCCACGAGCAACCUUCCCGCGCUCUCCCGGCAGGUGACGGUUGGGCGGAACUCCAAGUUUUACAACCUGACGCCCGAGGAUGAGGAGAAGCUUGGGGGUAUCGAAUAUCGUGCCUUGAAGGUGCUUCUCAAGGUCACAAUCGCAUACUUUUUUGGACUACACUUGCUUGGUAUCGUAUGCCUUGUUCCGUGGAUUCACAACGCACCGGCCAAGUACACCGACUGGCUUGCACAGAACGGCCUGGACAAGACGUGGUGGGGAUUCUAUUCGGCCCAAACCAUGGUUGACAACCUCGGCUUCACCCUCACGCCAGACUCCAUGGUCACGUUCCGAGACGCGACGUGGCCGAUGCUGAUCAUGACGUUUCUCGCGUUUGCCGGAAACACACUCUACCCGGUGCUGCUGCGGCUCACCAUCUACGUCAUGAGCAAGGUGGUGCCGGCGCGGUCGUCGACCAAGGAGGCGCUCCAGUUCCUGCUCGACCACCCCCGGCGCUGCUACACGCUCCUCUUCCCGAGCGGGCCGACCUGGGUGCUCUUUGUCAUCAUCGCGGCGCUGAACCUGAUCGACGUCGUGCUCAUCAUCGUGCUGGACCUCGACAACCCGGCCAUCAACGACCUGCCCAUGGGCCCGCGCGUGCUGUCGGCGCUGUUCCAGGCAGCCUCGUCCCGCCACACGGGCACCUCGACCCUCAACCUCGCCCUCAUCAACCCGGCCGUGCAGUUCAGCCUGCUGGUCAUGAUGUACAUCGCCAUCCUGCCCAUCGCCAUCAGCAUCCGCGCCUCAAACACCUACGAGGAGAAGAGCCUCGGCAUGUACAAGGACCAGGAGCUGCCCGACGAGAGCGACGCGUCGAGCUACGUCGUCAUGCACUUUCGCAACCAGCUCAGCUUUGAUCUGUGGUACAUCUUCCUCGGCACCUUUUGCAUCUGUGUGGCCGAGUCGCAAAAGAUUUCGGAUCCUGCAGAGCCGGCAUUUUCGGUUUUCUCCAUCUUCUUCGAAUGCGUAUCAGCCUACGGUACCGUCGGCCUUUCCCUUGGCCACCCGUCAGUCUCGGCGUCUCUAUCGAGCCAAUUUGGAAUCUUUGGCAAGCUGGUCAUAUGCGCCGCCAUGAUCCGUGGUCGCCACCGCACCCUCCCCUACGCCAUCGACCGCGCCAUCAUGCUGCCUGGCGAGGGCAGUGACGACGGCACUGGGCCUCAGGGCGAUGCUUUACUUCGGGGUGCUACAGCCAGGAGUGAAAAGGAGGCUACCGAUUAAAGACGUAUUGAGUCUGUGAACUGUUUGCUGGUGGUGGCUCGGCCUUGGUAUUUUAUAAAUUCACAUGAAGACUUCCAACCUAUUCUGAAACGUAGAAAUCUUUUAAAAGUAUAGUACGCAGAGUGAAUCAUUCAGCUACAUGCUCUGCUUCCG